AUGGGUAACGAAAUGUCAUCCUCAGCUAUGGAAAAGCAUUUGUUCAACCUAAAAUUCGCAACAAAAGAACUAGAAAGAAACUCAAAAAGAUGCGAAAAAGAGGAGAAACAAGAAAAGGCCAAAACCAAACAGGCCAUCCAAAAGGGCAACAUGGAAGUGGCCCGGAUACAUGCAGAAAACGCCAUAAGACAAAAAAACCAAUCGCUCAACUAUUUGAGAAUGUCUGCCCGUGUAGACGCUGUAGCAAGCAAAGUGCAAAGCGCAGUGACCACGAGAAAAGUCACCAAUUCGAUGGCGGGGGUAGUUAAAGCCAUGGAUGCCGCCAUGAAGAGCAUGAACUUGGAAAAAAUCUCAAAUGUAAUGGACAAGUUUGAACAGCAAUUUGAAGAUUUGGGAGUGCAAACUGAUGUUUUGGAGAAUACUAUGGCUCAAACAACCACAACUUUGAUUCCACAAAAUGACGUUGAUUCUUUGAUGCAACAAGUUGCUGAUGAAGCUGGUUUGGAAUUAAAUAUGGAACUACCUGAAGGUCCUCAAGGAACUACAAUUAGUAGUGGUGCCAGUGUAGUGUCUCAAGAGCAAGAUGAAUUAACUCAACGACUUGCCAAAUUAAGGCAGGCUGAGUAG